CUUAAUACGAGUUCAGAUUUUCCAAGAAAAUUGAUAUUUUGUAAUAGAUUAAAAAUUAAUAAAAACUAAUUUGAUGAAGAAAUUAACAGCGUGUAAAAACUAUGAUGGGAUUUCUAGAAAAAAUAUGGAAAAAAAAUGAAAAAGAUGAAGAAACUUUGAAAUCUACUCUCAACGUUAGAAGUGGUCCAUUGGGAUACACAAAACUUCAUAAUGCAGUUUUCUCUAAAAAGCCUGAUAAACUUAGGCAAUUACUUGAAUAUGGGGCAGAUGUAAAUUUAAUGUCAGAUGGUGGUUAUACACCACUGCAUAUAGCAGCAUCUAUAGAUGCUUUCAGCUGCAUUGAAGUGCUACUUGAAUAUAAUGCUUGCACAACAAUAUGUGAUGAAAAUAAAAGAACACCAUAUGAUACAGCAGUUUAUUAUGAUUCUGUUAACUCAGCUAGACUCCUACUAAGUCAUGAUGUUUUAACAAGUCUAAAGCAAAGGCGUCAUGUUGAUUUUGUUAAGUAUCUGGAAACAGCUCGUUCCAAGAGUGUUACUCCUGAUUGUUUUGAUAAAUGUCUUAAGUUAGCAGUUGAAAACAACAACUUUACUGUAAUUGGAGUAAUAAUGCUUCGAAAACCUCGUAAUGCAAAAGAAUGUUUAAUUGAUGCAAUAAUAAAGACAGAUAGUUAUAAAUUUGAUGCGCUAAAAAUGCCAGAUUGUUCUAAAAGCACCCUUUUAUUGCUAUUAUGUUAUGCUGUUGAAAAACACUUUAAUGAUGUAAUCAAAGUAAUUUGUGAGAACAAAGAUUUUGAAACAGACAAAUCUCAAUGGUUAAAGUGUGACGUUCAAAUUUCUGCUGAAACAUUGCAUCAUUUAAAAUUGUUUAUAAUGAACAUUAAAGAGUACUUUGCUUUCCCAAUUUCCAUUGGAUGUAAUCCUAUGGUGAAAAAUUACGAAGGUGUCAAAUAUAUGUUGUUAAACAUAUUUUCUGAUAAUAAAAAUCUUAAAGCUGAUUGGAGAGGAUUGAAGUUAGGUAGUCUUCAUGAAGAUUGGUUAAGAAAUCUAACAAGCUUUAAAGAUAUUGUUCUUUCUUAUAAUGAAAUUAAAACUAUACCAUCAACUGAUAUUUUGAAUUACUUUGGAGCAGUAGAAAAGUUAAAUCUUAGUUCAAAUAAAUUACAAGAGGUUCCCGAAGAAUUGUUUAGGCUUCCAAAACUUUGUAGUAUAGAUCUUUCACAAAAUAAAUUAAGACAUCUCCCUAAUGUUAAAGAAUGGUCUCCAUCUCUUACAACAAUAACUCUUAAGAGUAAUUUAUUAGAAAGUUUUCCAUCCAAUGUUGAAGGACUCUUAGUAAAAUAUUUAUAUUUAGCAUAUAACAGAUUGGAUUGUGUUCCUGAAAGUAUAUGUAACCUGAAAUGUUUAGAAACUCUUGAUAUUAGUCAAAAUGUUGACAUUCAUUCAUUACCAGUAAGCAUGGGAAAGUUAUCAAAACUUACUCAACUAGAUUUGGAUGGCUUAACGAUUACAGAUCCUCCCUCUGAAAACAAAACAUCAAGAGAAAUUUUGAAUCUUUUGAUAGAAAAAUUAAGAUACUCAAAACCUUAUUAUAAGAUGAAGCUAAUGAUUAUUGGCUUUCCACAGCAAGGUAAAACAACUUUACUUAAAAGGCUUAAAGGCGACAAUAACUUUAAUCUGGAUAAAUCAACACAAGGUAUUGAUAUUGAAGAGAUCAUUAUAUCUUUUCAGAAAAAGGAACCUUUUGUUUUUCGAGUAUGGGAUUUUGCAGGACAAGAAGAAUACUUUGCGACCCACCAGUGUUUUUUAUCUUCUUCAUCUUUGUAUCUAUUAGUUUGGGAUGUAACUAAAAAAGAUCAAUGCACCCAACUACUUCAACCAUGGUUUGAGAAUUUAGUAGCUCGAUUAAAAGUUUUUUAUAUUAUUGUUGUUGGUACAAAAAUAGACCUCCUCAAUAAUAAUGACCUAGAUAAAGCUUGCCAUCUAAUAAAAACUGAGAUUAAAGCACUCAUCGAAACUAUUCCUGCUGUUAGAAAUUUAAAAAAUAGUGAUAAAGAUUUUUCUUGUAGACUAAAAAUUUGUUUUGUUUCAUCAGACACAAAGUUUCAUAAUUAUCAUAAAGGUAUUCAAACACUGAAAAAGGAGAUCUAUAUUUUGGCGGAAACUAUGACAUCUAAUGGAAAGCAAAAUGGAGAUAAAAUAAUGGGUAAAUUGUUUCCACAAAGUUAUUUAAAGUUGGAAGAAGAGAUUAAUGAAAUUAAAAAAAACGAAAAGCAUAAGAUUCCAAUAAUCAGUCGAGAAGAAUUCAUUUUGAUUGGGAAACAUUUAAAAUCUGAUUUUGAUAAGUUUCAAGUUGAAGAUCUUGAACCAGCAACUAAGUUUCUGAUGAACACAGGCACUAUUCUUCAUUUUGAUAGUGCAAAUGAAGAUUUAAGAGAUAUUGUUUUUAUUAAUCCAUCUUGGGUUUGCAAAUUGAUGUCAAAGUUUAUUACUGUUGAUGCUGUUCAUACAUUUGUUAAAAAUGGUAUCUUAGAACAAGACAAAAUUCCGUUAAUUUUAAAAGAAGAGUUAGAGAAUCAAAAUCCUGAUAUAAUCAAGAAAUAUUUAAGUUUAUUAUCGCGAUUCCAAGUUGCUUGUAAGAUUGAUGAUUAUAGAGUUCUUAUUCCACCGAAACUUCCAAAUUACGAUCCUAAGCAUUCAUUGUUGAUCAAUUUGAAUAGUCUACUCACUCGAUACUAUUUCUUCAGCUGUAUACCCUAUGGUUUUUGGGCUCGAUUUAUAACUCGUUUUUUAUCAAUGAUUAAAGAAAUGUUGUCGCCAAAUAUAGAAAUAAAGCCUAAUGUUCCCAUACUCAGUAGUAGUUUACCAAAAGAUGAGAUGGAUGUUACUAGAUAUGAUUGUAGCAAAAAAAAUAAAAAUAAUAUAUACAAUGAGUGUCUUCCUAAUAUAUCUGCCGCAGGUAUUGUAAUUGAAGAAGAUAAAUUUAGUUCAGAAAUUCCUUUCAAUGAAGAAAAGCGCAAAAUAAAUAACAAUCAACAAAAGAAUGGUAGAGAAAAGAAUCAAGUGUUUUUUGCCAAUUAUAUGACAGGUAAAAUUGAUUUUCAAGAAUGUUCAAAAUCAAUUUCACCUGUUAAUGAAAAUAGUUUUUUUUGUCACCUUCAUAGCGAUGUUAUAAAUGUAUCGAAAGAACUUAAAGAUUGUGCAACUUGUAAUUUUGAAACCAAUACAAAUGCAAGUGACAGAGUUGCUAUACAAGAAAUCAAUUUAGCUGCUGUAACAAAUGAAAUACAUCAAUCAACAAAUUACACGACACCUUAUUGUGAAAGUAAUUUUAAACAAAAUUGUGAUCUAAUCAUAAAUGAGUUGAUCAUAGAUAGCGCUGAUAACUUAAGUAAUUGUAAUGAUAACUGUGGAGAUGAUAAGAUACAAAAGUCAACUAAUUUUAACAUAAGUUCUGAUUUCAAAUAUGACCCUAUCUCAGAUUCUUACACUGAUGCUCUUUCCGAUGACAACUUUUCUGCAAAUGAUGAUGAAGAAAAUACUGAAACUGAUGGCUAUAUGCAAAUGAUAACUGAAAGACUUCAUGUUGGUUGUUUCGAUGCCAGCAAGCAAGUUAUUUUAAAACAGAAAUAUGAAAAUUAUGUUUGUACAAAUGAGGAAGCCAAAGAGGAAGAUGAUGAAAUCGAGUCUCAGUUUAUCAAUGAACUGUCUAACAGUGAUGAAAUUUAUGAAGAACAUUUUAAUGAUUAUGGUGAACUAGCUUAUCUUUUGGACAAUGGUUAUUUAAGUUGCUGGAAUAAAGGAAUCAUAUUUAAUCAUCCACAAUUAAGUUUUUCAAUACAACAGCUACCUGUCUUGUAUAAAGCAGAUAGAGAAACAAUUGAAAUAUGUGUAACUAAAUCCUCCUUAGGCUAUCGUAUCCUCAGCUAUGUUGUUGAUCAUAUUAGAACACUUCUAAAUGAAUGGUAUGAAGGUUUGUUAAUGUCUGAUUCUCAAGUUAUUUCUACUCUGGCAUGUCCUGUAUGUAUAACCUUGGGCAUAAAUCCUCCUCAUUUAUUUAACAUAAGUACUGCCUUUCAAAAAAUUUUAGAAAGCUCAGAGGACAACACAUGCAAUAUGUUAUGUGAACAAGAGCACAUACCAAAGACAAUUAAUAUAGCAGAAUAUUGUCCUGAACUGACUCUUCAAGAUUUACCAAAAACAAUGAAAUAUAACUACAAUGAUAUUUAUUGUGAAAAAAAUGAAAAAUACAAGCUAGGAGAAGGACAAUAUGGAAAAGUAUAUAUUGGUUUAUUUAAGAACAAAAUUGUAGCUGCAAUAAAGUUUUACAAAUUUAAUAUGAACACUGAACUUUCAUCAUCAUUGGACCAGUUUUACGAAAUUCGACAAGAAAUUUUAAUGCUCAGUAAAUUACGACAUCAUCCUUAUAUAAUUCAAUUUUUAGGUUUCUUAAUCAAACCAGAAUUAUGUGCUGUGAUGGAGUAUGCUAGACAUGGCGCUUUAUCAUCUGUCAUUCAUAAAAGAUCUAAAUUUAUCCCCAGAAUUGUUAAGUUUCGAAUUUGCCAGCAAAUUGCAAGUGCUUUAGCUUUUAUGCAUAAAAAGUGUAUUAUUCAUCGCGAUAUAAAAUCAGACAAUAUUUUACUAUUCUCGCUGAAUCACAAUUCAAAAAUUAAUAUCAAGUUAACUGAUUUUGGAACAGCGAACAUCAUGAGUCCAAGUGGUUUAAAAACAUUUUUUGGUACUAAAGGUUAUGCUGCUCCAGAAAUGAUUAUGUACCAAUCAUAUCUAGAUGAAUAUACUUCUAGUGUUGAUAUAUACUCAUUUGGUAUGGUUGUUUAUGAGUUAAUUGCAUAUCGAAGACCCUUUAAUGAUAUUUUGGUUCAAUUUAUAGACAAUCAAGUCAUAAAUGGGUUUCGACCAAAGUUUUAUGAUGUUCCUGAUGCUUUUUAUGGGUUGAUUAAUUUAACAAAGUUGAUGAUAACCAUGUGGAAUCAAGAAUCAUCCAAAAGACCCCAUGCUAAUGAUGUAUUAAAUAUGUUACUGUCUCCAACUUUUCAAUUAGUUUUUGGGCUAAAAAUGUUACAUUCUACACAUAAACCACGUGGAAUGUGUUAUAUCACCAGUUGUAAGGAGCUUUGGAUAUCAUGUGAUGACAAAAAAUUAAUUCCUCAUUUUUUGAAAAUAUGCAAAAGACGCACAGAUGGGUUGUUAAAAAAACAAGACCAGUCUAUUAUUGUCGUAAUAAAUAUGGAAAGUUUUCAAAUUGUCAAAAAAAUUCAAAUAAAUGGUGAGCGGUUUGGUUUGCAGAAUUUUAAUAUAUCAUCCAUGACGUCCAUUGGUAAUAAGCACGUAUGUGUUUUGUUACGAAGUCUCAAUGAUGUCAUUUUAGUUUAUGAAGCCCAAAACUACAUUGAGGUUCAAAGUCACAAAAUAAUGGAUAGCUAUAUUUGUUCAAUCUCUGCAAACAAAAAUUGGGUUUGUCUUGGGUUUGACGAUGGACAUUAUUCUAAAUUUACUUUAAGUAAUUUUUUAAAUGGAAAGAUUAACAAAAAGCAUAAUAGCUCUAAUUUAACGGAAAAUUCUCCUAUAAAAACCUCGGUUUUAUUGCCUGAAUCAUUCAUUUGGUCAGCUGGUUGUUCAUUUAUGUAUUGUAAUUUUAAGAAAAAUAAAGAAAAGAAAGUUUUGUGUUAUAAUGAACAAAAAAUUGAAGAAAUUGUUCUCUCCUUUGAUGAGAAAUUCUUUUUUAUUUCUUAUCAAUCUAGCCCUGAUAUUCAUAUGUAUAGUGCAGAAACUAAAGAAGCUUUAUAUAUAUUUAGUUGCCGUAUUGAUGUUCUGAAGUGUUCACCAGAAGCUCUUGACGUUGAUGUCAGAGUAACGUGCAUGUGUUCAGUCGUUAAUAUGUUGUGGGUUGGUACCGGAGGCGGACAUAUACUUAUUUAUGAUGUGUACGAAGUUGGUGGGAUUUAUAAAACUAAACUGCUGCAAACACUUCAUCCAUACGCGAUCGAAAUGCAAAAACUUUUGCUAGUUGAUUUUACUCAAGCACGUGAAGACGGCGUAAAAUAUGUUAUCGUAAGUAUUGGAAAAGAAUUGAACAAAAAUGCAUUCGGAUUUGGUUCGUUUCUUGAUUUUAACGGUUAUGUUCCGAAAGAUCAAACAGCGAUUGAUAAUAAUCUUUGCAAACACUUAGAUAAUGAUUGUGACGAAGGUAACGAUGGCAAGGUGAUAAUUGUUUGGCAUGUUUUGCCGUCACACUAUUAUAAAAACUUAGUAUUAUCCUGAUAUGUAAAAAAUAUAGUAUAACUGAGACAUCUUUACUGUCUGCGUUAA